UAAAAAAAUAAGUAGAAUUUCAUUUCCAAAUAUUUUCUCAUAUCACUUGGUCAGAUAGAAGGGUACAAAAAUCUCCCGAGAAAAAAGACAUUGCCAUCAUCAUUAAUGUAAGAUAAUAUAUUCAAUUACGAUCUCAAACAUGCAGGCCACUGCCCCAAACCAGUCCAUGGAAGAAGAAGAUUAGUCAAUCCUAUAAAAGGAGAAUGAAAUCCUCCAUUCCUACUUUUACCGUGAUUUUAGCCUCUGACUCCCCCUUUAUAAACUGGCAAAGUUUCGGUUAAGUCGUACUAAUUAUACCUCCCGAAAGUGAAAGUUUCUUUCUUUUUACUUUACCCCUUACAAAUCCAGAGAAAAAAAAAAACUUUACCCCUUACAAAGGGAAACUCAUGCGUCUGCGAGAGAUCUCGAACUGAUCUUCAUUAAUGUUAAAACCCUUGUCUCGUGCCUAUAGUUACACCUUUAGUUUGAUAAUGGCCCCGAUCGAAUAAGAUGUGUAGUGAUUUAUAUUGCAUAGAUGAGAUAAGAGUCGGUAAGGUUUUAAUAAGCAAAAAAAAUCAAGCACGUGCAUAAAAGGGUCAUCUCUCCUCACCUUAAUAUAGGUACUUUAUUUUGAUUCCUUCUUGCCUCGUUAUUGUGAAGAAGAAUUCACCAGUAUCGGUUGAACCAUUAACAUAUAUAAAUGAUUAGUCAGCUAUUCUAUUUAGAUGCAGACAGAGAGAGAGAGAGAGAGAGAGAGAGAGAGAGAGGGUGAGAGAGGGACUGUGUUUGUGUCUUUGUAAGUACUUGUGUUUCAUUGUAACUGCCAAACAGAAACAGCCCAAACAGAAACAGAAACAUGCAGAAGAAGAAAUUGCUAAUGUAUCAGUUUGAGCUUCUGUUCCUCUAUAUAGGUCUCUUGAAUUUGAGGUUGUGUGCUUCUGUUCUAUCCUUGUCAUCAUCGUCAUUGGAGCAAGGCGAUGCUGGCAGCAUCAGAUGGUUCAGGGAAGCCAAGAACUAUGAAGGGUCAUCAGACCUGGUGGACGUCGAAUACCACAUGGGACCGGUCCUUGCCUCGCCCAUCAGCCUCUACAUUAUAUGGUACGGCCACUGGAACCCCGUUCACCAAGCCACCAUAAGAGACUUCAUCUACUCCCUCUCCUCCGCCUCCUCCUCAUCCUCAGCCUCUUACCCAUCUGUUUCUGCGUGGUGGCGCACGGUUAGGCUCUACACCGACCAGACAGGGUCGAAUGUCACUGGCACCAUCGACCUUUCUGGGCAGUUCUACAACUUCAAGUACUCCCAUGGGGCUGACCUCAGCCGCCUUGAUGUCCAAUCAAUCAUCAGGAAUGCCGUCACUUCACACCCCAACGGGCUACCGCUCGAUCCUCAGAGUGGUCUCUAUCUGGUCCUGACCUCAAUCGACGUCCAAGUCCAGGACUUCUGCAGGGCUGUAUGUGGGUUCCACUACUUCACGUUCCCGAACGUGGUGGGGGCAACUGUCCCUUAUGCGUGGGUGGGACACAGCGGGGCGCAGUGCCCAGGGAUGUGCGCAUACCCCUUUGCUUGGCCCAAGGACUACUACGGGAAGCCGCCCCCCAGCACUAGUACAGGGGGAAACAACCUGAUGAGGCCACCCAAUGGCGAUCCAGGUGUGGACGGGAUGAUAAGCGUGAUUGCCCACGAGCUUGCCGAGGCGUCCACGAACCCAUUAGUGAAUGCGUGGUAUGCAGGGGAUGAUCCAACUGCCCCCGCCGAGAUAGCAGAUAUGUGCCUCGGUGUGUACGGGACGGGAGGUGGGGGAGGGUAUGCUGGGGUGGUGAGUAAGGACUCAUGGGGCAAUGGGUAUAACUUGAAUGGGGUGAGAGGGAGAAGAUACCUUGUUCAAUGGGUUUGGGAUCCUGUGAGAAGAAGAUGCUUUGGACCAAAUGCACUAGACUAGAACUAGGAUUUAUUUAGCAGUAAAUCUUUUUUUUUUUUUUUUGCUAACCCGGGAUGUCCGGGCUUCACCCGACUAAUCCCCGGGGCUCCAUGACCCCCCGGCGGCGCACGGAGCGGAUAAUUAUGCCAAAGCGUUCUGGUAGCCCCAAGGGGAUUCGAACCCGAGUCUCGGAGCAAACUUGAGUGCACAUUAACUACUAGGCCAAACCCCUUGACGUUAUUUAGCAGUAAAUCUUGAUCAUCCUAUAUGUAUUUUUUUUUAAUUAUGGAAUCCUGCAUGUACUUUAAAUUUCAUGACUAUAUACGUCAGAUGCUUUCCGUGUAGGUCUAACAUCAAGACUGCCAAGAAGAAUACAUAA